CACUUAAAUUGGGCUAACGGUCCAAAUUUAGUCACUGGCCGUUAGUCUCCGUUAACUUUUGCUGAUGUGACGGUCAACUCUAAUAGUUGACCGUUAAAUAAGUGACGUGGCAAUUAAAAAAUUAAUAAAAAAAAUAAAAUAUUUUUUUUUCUAAUUUCCAACUCAUUUUUACACCCAUUAAAAAAAAAGUCUCAUCAAUUUUUUUCCCCUUCCCUUCCUUACCCUUUCCUCUCCUCAAGGACAAAACGAAAUUAAGAGAUAACUGUUGCAUGCUUCCACCACCAAAAAUUCUCUCCUUCCUCUGACCAAUUCCUCGAUGCCUUCCUCUCCAUCAAAGCUUACCUCUCUUCCUUCCCUUUCCUGAACUUCCACCCCUGACCAACAAUUCCCCAUGAUUCCCGAGCUUGGCGCGAUCAAGCAUCCAUGGAAGAUGAAACACAGCACAAAAGCACCCAACAACUCACUUCCUCGUUUCUCCACCUCCGACGCCGAAUCACCGCUUAUAGAACAUACCAGCUCGGGUCCAAGAUCGAGGCGGAGAUUCAGGUGUAUUUCGAUCGGGAGCAGAUUCAGAAGCUUGCGAGGACGCUCCAAUUGACGGAGGGUGAGGAGGAAGGUGAAGAGGCAGAGGAGGAGAAAAUUAGGUUACUUGAGGAGUUUGAGGAGCGGUUAGGUACGGGAUUCGAUAGCGAGUUAUAGGAAUCAAUUCUGAAAGCGAAACUCUUCUCGAUCCUCGAAUCGCAACUGUGCGAAUCGGAUCGGUGGCCGACGACCAGAGUCAAGGAACGCGUGGCACGAGCCAUCGUCGGGUUGGUCCGGUUCAACAAGGACGUGCUCGUCGGCCUGGUUCUAAUGGGCCCGACGGUUCACCGGAAUUCCUCUCCUUCCUCUGUUGAUAUUGGUUCCGCGAUGAACCGGAGAAGAAGAUAUCGUCCUUGUUGAGCUCACUGUCCUCUGCGGAAGUGGCGACGGAGUGGUGGAGAAGAAGGCGUCGAGGAAUCGGUCAGAGGAAGGAGAGGAUUUCCGGUGGCGGAAGCUUGCAGUAGUUAUCUGUGAAUUUCGUUUCGUGCAUGACCAGAGGAAAGGGAAAGGAAGGGAAGGGCAAAAAAAACUGGAUGGCUAAACAUCGCCCUAAUUUUACUAUUAUCGCCCUAACUUAAAGCGUGAUAUUACAUAAUUGUCCUUUAUUAAUCCAUAACAAUUCAACAGAACAAAGAGAGCCCUAGAAUUUCUAAUCCUCCACCAACAUCGCUUAUCGACUCUCCCAAAACCCUUCGCCGGUUUUCCUCGAAAUCUCAAAGAUGCGGUUACCUUUACUCUGCCAAUUCGUUCAUAGCCACCUAGAGUCUCACCGCCGUUCGAAAUAAGUUCCAAUUCUACCCAGUACCCACACAUAGACCAAACGAAGGGUAUCAAUGGGAAAGAAGAGCUUUUUUGGAGAGCAUCGGAAUCAAUAUUCCCUGUGACUUUUAGAGACAAAAACAGGGACUACUACCUUCGAUAAUUUAAUGCAAUUAUCCUUUGGCUGGAACAUUAUGGUCGCUUUAAUCUAUCCGGCGGCUAUUGUCCCGAUGCUAAUGCUGAGGUGGAACCGGUGACGGGUACUAAGGAAGGUAUCUGCGCGGGGCACUUAGGCGGGUACCCCUCCGAUCUCGUACUGUGAUGGAGGUGCAGCGGCGGCGCGUCUCCGGGCCGGGGAAAAUUCGUAUGAGGUUACGGAAGGCUUGGAAAUUACAAGGGCGAUGAAAUGAAUCGAGGGAAAGGAUAAAAACGUACUUUUCAUUUUUUAAGCUAGGGCGAUCAGUAAAAAUCAGGGCGACAAUUAGCAACUCCCAAAAAAAAUUUAUCGGAUAUUUUUUUUUUCAAUGGGUGUAAAAUGAGUUGGAAAUUAAAAAUAUAUGAUUUUUAUUUUUUAUUUUUUUUUUAUUGCCACAUCAUUCAUUUAACAGUCAACUAUUAGAGUUGACUGACACAUCAGCAAAAGUUAACGGAGACUAACGGCCAGUUACCAAACUUGGACUGUUAGCCCAAUUUAAGUGACUACAAAUGGAAUAAAGUAAUUAUAAUGGCUAACGUAAAAUUUACUAGUAAUUCAAGUGACCAAACUUGCAAUUUAGCCGAAAAUUUUGGUAGUCUUUGAGAUGAUCAAUUAUUGAGACAGAGUGAUAUGUUAAAAAUCAUAGUUUUAUAUUGAUGAGUAUAUUUGUUUUUUUUAUGUUUAAGUCCGGUAUGGGAAAUUGUAAGGAGUAAGUCAAAGAAGGAGUGCGAGAUUUUGGAUGGGUGUUUGAAAGGUUUCCAAUGACUAUGUAUAAGUCGUUACCAAAGUUGUAGGUAGUUUUUUUUAUAAUGGUGAUAUAAAUUUGUGUUUAUUGU